ACCGUCCGAUCAAAGGGGCCAGCUGACGUUCUCUUUGUGGGACAGUUCUCCAAUAGCGCAAAUUUGACAUUCCAUCCAAAAAAUUUGGUUAACCUUGACGACUUUUCGACUUGAUCUAGCACUGGGGACCUUAGAUCCAUGUUUCAGACUCCGAUUGACCCUUCGGUGGAGUCGACUAGUGUGUUCCUGCAGGACAGAUCGGAUGCUAGAUCGAGCUCAAACAUCAUCGAAAUGUUCUGUUUUCUACUGAUUUGUAACGCUUACCGCAUUUCAUGGCCACGAUCGGUGUUCUUAGAUCCUGGUGCCACCAGAGACAGUUCUGGAUGUUUGCUAUCACUUCGCCACCUAAAUCAGGAGCUUCAUUGGUUUAAGAAAUCUUAUGGCUCAUGGUUCUUGGGAGACUAUGUUUGUGAAGAUGGCCGCUUAUAUACUGCUACUCCAGUUGAUCCAGUUUUCAUAUUGCUGCCUAUUUUUGAAGAAGCAAUAAUGAAGAAAGGGGAUGAUCCUGGAAAGUUCAGGGCAUUAGAUGAGAUACUCUUCGUCAGUGACUAUACUGGAUAUCAACAUUUAAUGUCCUUGGCUGAGAAAUGCAUGCAUGUUGUCUGUGAAAUCAAGGUGUAUAUACUUACUUCUGAGAUUGAUGGGACAAUCCAAAUGAAGAGUUAUCUUAUGGGAAAUCUUGAGAUUCGGCUUACUCUUAACAAUGACUUAAGUAUAGGAAGAGAGGGAACGUCAAUGUAUGGAUAUGUUUUGUCCAACAUUUUUGGAACUAUAGUAUCUACAAACAGCAAUGUUGAGCAAAGGUUGAGUGAGGGAGAGAAUAUGUUGAGUGGAUUAAUGCAGCUAAUGAAGGCAAGAUUCCCUGACGAGAAUAUCACAAAUAUUCUACAAGCUGCCAACCAAUUACUUGCUGCCAACAGAUUGGAUAGAAAGGUAGAUGAUAAAUAGAUUUUUCAUUGGGAGCUUUGCUGGGACAAAUGUGGCCAUUAGUAGAAAAAAUCAAUGGAAAAAAAUUUUUGAGCUUAUGUUUUGUCCUUUUUUUUUUUAGCUCUUCAGUCUUUUCUUAGGUUCUCAUCUCUUCUACUUUGGUUUUUGGUGAGCUUAUGAUUUUGUUCUUUUCAAUCUUCAUGGAAAUUUGUACUCAUUGAAUUUUAUUUUUCAAUAGGCACAUGCGCACGUCAAGAGGUAUUUAAUACUCACUCGUACCUCUUUGUUUUGGUUUCACUAUUUUCGAAGUUUAAUUUCUCAAAAAAAAUUUUUUCUUUUUUUUUGUUUGAUUUUUUGAAUUUUUGGUUUUCUUUGGUUUUUUUUUUCUUAAUUUUUGGUUUUGGAUUGUUAUUGUUGGGCAGGUUUUUCUCCAAAUAAUGGUUCCUCUUCACAUUUAAGCCAUCACCUUCUAUCUCGCCAAAAUGAAAGUAAUGAAGAAAAUGAAAGGCAAAGGGAUUGAAAGGCAUGUUUGUAUCUUUUCUUGGAUCUGUAAUUUCUGGCAAUAAGCAUUUAAUUGAACUUCUUUGGAUUCUACAAUUUCUGUUUUUGCCUAGAUCUAUUGUUUUGAGAUUGAUUUAUAUCUAUGGAAUUCCUCUUUUAUGAUUGCUAAUUUAGUGCAUUAAUUAACUGAUUGUUUUUUU